UACACCCUCUCUCUCUCUCUCUCUCAAAUAUUCAAUUUCUCUCUCAUUCACGAGAGAGAAAAGCCAUCCGCAGCAAACAAACAGCCCUUUGUCACUCUUCACUGCCAAAAUUCUAACCCUUCCCCUUUUCUGGUUGAUUUCCAAGAAUCACAGGUUUUGCAAUAAUAAAAAAAAGUGAUAUUUUUCUUGAUUUCUGCUGAUAUUUGAAGAUGGAGAGAGAUUUCAUGGGCUUGUCUGUGAAACAGGAGCUUCCUGAUGAAAUAAUUGAUGCUGAAAAGCAAUGCUGUUGAGAAGCAAGGUGGGGUCCGUUACACGGUGACAAAUUACCCGACUCAGCACAGAGAUGCACACAACAUCCGUCGUCCAAUCACCACUUCACCGGGUGUGGCUCACCACCAGCCCUACGCUCCUCCCAUGGCCGUUGUCCCAAUGGCCAAGCCCUCCAACAGCGCUGUCGUUGGAACCACUGAUUUCAGGAACUCACCCAAGAUCUCCAACGCGCCGGCUCAGUUGACCAUCUUCUACAACGGCUCAAUCUGUGUCUUCGACAACAUUUCCCCCGAGAAGGCUCAAGCUAUUAUGCUAUUAGCUGGAAAUGCACCACCGGUGACUCCUAAGGCCACCCCUUCCGCAUCUCACAUUCAGGCGGCCAUUCCUAGAUCUUCAGUUCCCGAGAGGCUAACCAUAAGCCAGCCCUAUGCAACCACGCCACGCCUUUCCAGCCCCGUCCCAGUGACCCCUAUUAGCACCUCCCCGGCUCUGGGAUGGGCUGCUCUUAGGACUGAGGCGAGCGCUGCUAGGCCAUCUGGAUCUCGUAUGUCACCUCCUAUCAAUGCUGAGCCUCUGAAAACAGUUACUCCUCCAGGAUCUGUAAGCUUCAUAUCAGCAGACACUGUGCCUCAGUUUCGCAGAAAAUCUCUAGCCCGGUUCUUGGAGAAGCGCAAGGAGAGGGUGAUCAGUGCUUCACCUUAUGGUGACUGUCAGUCUGGGGAUUACGGGGCGGCCGGAUCAGGCGGGACGAGCUUGUCGAUGAACUCGUCGGGGUCUUGUCCAGUACCAGCAGCCAAUUGAGGGGAUGGUUUUAGCAGAAGCUGCAAAUAAGUUAUAGAGAUAAUUAAGAUGCAAGAUCAAAAAGAAUUCCAGUUUCAGCUUGUGUUAUACCUUUGUUUAUUAGUAUGAAUUUAUAUAUUCUGUUUUUUGUCUGUUAAACAUUGCUGUAGUCUUGUAGUUACAUUUUUUUGCUGAAUUGUUUAAAGAUUGUAGUAGUGUUAUAAUCAGAAUCACAUUGUAUAAAUCUUAAAGUUUUGCAACAAAAAUGGAAGAAUUAUUAUUAUCA